CAGGUGGUAGCUAAGAAGUGAGCAGGAUGCCCCCAGGCAUUUACUGCCCUAUGGAAUUCUGGUCCAAGGGGGAAAACCAAAACAUCCAGGUGGAUUUUCUGCUGCCCACAGGCAUAUACUUAAACCUCUCUGUGUCCUGCAAUGCCAGCUUGGGCACCAUCAAGCAGGUGGUGUGGAAGCAUGCUCAGUACGAACCGCUGUACCAUAUGCUCAGUGAUCCCGAGGCCUACGUCUUCACGUGCAUCAACCAGACAGCAGAACAGCAAGAGUUGGAGGAUGAGCAACGGCGGCUUUGUGACAUCCAGCCCUUCCUACCGGUACUGCGGCUCGUGGCUCGAGAAGGAGACAGAGUCAAGAAGGUUAUUAACUCUCAGAUCAGCCUGCUCAUUGGAAAAGGUUUGCAUGAGUUCGACUCUGUGCAGGAUCCAGAGGUGAAUGAUUUCCGCACCAAAAUGUGCCAGUUCUGUGAGGAAAGAGCAGCAAAACGACAGCAGCUCAGCUGGGCAGCUUGGAUGGAGUACAACUUUCCCUUGCAACUGGAGCCCAUGGCCAAAGGCCUCGGGGCUGGCCCUCUACAUACCCCCACCAAGAACAUUUUUGUCAACAUCAAGUUUCAGUCUGGCGGGGAGAGCUUCACUUUCCAGAUCUCCCCAAAGGAGUUCCCCAUCACAUUAAUGAGCUAUGCUAUCAAGAAGCAGGCUACUGUCUUCCGCCAUGAGACAGUGGAGAACCCAGAGGACUACACCCUGCAGGUGAAUGGGAAAUAUGAAUACCUCUAUGGGAACUACCCUCUGUACCAGUUCCAGUAUAUUCGCAGCUGCCUGCACCGAGGCCGAACGCCCCACCUGACCAUGGUACACUCCUCCACUAUCAUUGCCAUGAGAGAUGAGCAAACCAACUGCAUUGCCAGCCCCCCAAAGAUGACUGCCAAGCCUCCCCCGCUCCCUAAGAAAAAGCCAAACUAUGGUUCUCUCUGGUCAUUAGAGCAGCCUUUCUACAUUGAGCUGGUGCAAGGCAGCAAGGUCAACGCAGAUGAGAGAAUGAAGCUGGUGGUGCAAGCAGGGCUCUUUCACGGCAAUGAGAUGCUGUGCAAGACAGUGUCAAGCUCUGAAGUGAACGUAUGCUCAGAGCCGGUGUGGAAGCAGAGGCUGGAUUUCGAUAUUAACAUCUGUGAUCUUCCCCGUAUGGCGCGGCUCUGCUUUGCCCUCUAUGCUGUCAUCGAGAAGGCAAAGAAGGCACGUUCCACCAAGAAGAAGUCCAAGAAAGCUGACUGCCCAAUUGCCUGGGUGAAUGUCAUGCUCUUCGACUAUAAGGACCAGCUGAAAACCGGGGAGUGCUGCUUGCACAUGUGGUCUUCCUUUCCAGAUGAGAAAGGGGAACUUCUGAACCCCAUGGGCACAGUACAAUGCAACCCCAACACGGAAAGUGCAGCAGCCUUGGUCAUCUGCUUCCCCAGCGUUGUGUCACAUCCUGUGUAUUACCCGUCAUUUGAGCAGCUGCUGGAGUUGGGGAGGAGUGGAGAACAACCCCGUGCUGCUCCAGAAGAUCCUGAGGAGAAGCUGCAACUGAAGGAGAUACUGGAGCGGAGAAGCCACACUGAACUCUAUGAGCAUGAGAAAGACCUGGUGUGGAAGAUGAGAUGUGAUAUCCGUGACCAGUACCCACAAGCUUUGGCAAAGCUGCUGAUCAUCACCAAAUGGAACAAGCAUGAAGAUGUUGCCCAGAUGAUUUCCCUGCUUCAGACCUGGCCAGAGUUGCCUGUCCUGAAUGCCUUAGAGCUGCUGGAUUUUAGCUUUCCUGACCGUUACGUUGGUUCGUUUGCUAUCAACUCAUUAAAGAAGCUGACAGAUCAUGAAUUGUUCCAAUACCUGCUACAGCUUGUCCAGGUGCUUAAGUAUGAAUCCUACUUAGACUGUGAAUUAACCAAGUUCCUGCUGGACAGGGCAUUAUCCAACCGCAAGAUCGGCCACUUCCUCUUCUGGCAUCUGAGGUCAGAAAUGCAUGUUCCUGCAGUUGCCUUGAGGUUUGGCCUGAUCCUGGAAGCAUACUGCAGAGGCAGCACCCACCAUAUGAAAGUUUUGAUGAAACAGGGAGAAGCACUCAACAAGAUGAAAGCUCUGAAUGACUUUGUUAAAGUGAGUUCUCAGAAGGCCACCAAGCCUCAAACCAAGGAGAUGAUGCAUGUGUGCAUGAAGCAGGAAACUUACCUUGAAGCACUUUCCCACCUCCAGUCCCCCCUGAACCCCAACAUUAUCCUCGCUGAAGUUUGUGUGGACCAGUGCACCUUUAUGGACUCCAAAAUGAAACCUUUAUGGAUCGUGUUUAAUAACGAAGAGACAGGUGGAGGUGGAGUGGGCAUUAUUUUCAAAAAUGGAGAUGAUCUUCGUCAGGACAUGCUGACGCUGCAGAUGAUCCAGUUGAUGGACAUCCUGUGGAAGCAGGAGGGCCUGGACCUGAGGAUGACCCCUUAUGGCUGCCUCUCCACAGGAGACAAGACUGGACUGAUAGAAGUAGUCAUGCAUUCAGACACCAUUGCCAACAUCCAGCUGAACAAGAGCAACAUGGUGGCCACUGCAGCCUUCAACAAGGAUGCACUGCUGAACUGGCUAAAAUCCAAGAACCCAGGCGACGCCUUAGAACAAGCUAUAGAGGAAUGUGCUGGGUACUGCGUGGCAACAUAUGUGCUGGGGAUAGGUGACCGGCACAGCGAUAACAUCAUGAUCCGGGAAACUGGACAGCUGUUCCAUAUUGAUUUUGGUCACUUUUUGGGGAAUUUCAAGACUAAAUUUGGUAUUAAUAGAGAACGAGUUCCUUUCAUCUUAACCUAUGACUUUGUGCAUGUCAUCCAGCAAGGAAAAACUAACAACAACGAGAAGUUUGAAAGAUUCAGGGGUUAUUGUGAAAAAGCCUACAUGAUUCUGAGGCGCCAUGGUCUUCUCUUCCUGCACUUGUUUGCACUGAUGAAAGCUGCUGGCCUGCCAGAACUCAGCUGCUCUAAAGACAUUCAGUAUCUAAAGGAUUCCCUUGCUCUUGGGAAAACAGAUGAGGAGGCACUGAAGCACUUCAGACUAAAGUUUAAUGAAGCCCUGCGGGAGAGCUGGAAAACCAAAGUGAACUGGCUGGCACACAACGUAUCCAAAGAUAACAGACAGUAGAGCAACAUCGGCCCACACACUUGCUCCAAGAGAAUGUAAUACCGGCACUGAGGCCACCAGUUCCAGACAGAUUUUUAAAGACUGAUGAAUGUUGCCAUGUUGAAGAUCCCCCACCUGCAUUCCCAGCGAUCAGACAUUUCUGCAUGACCGUAAAAUUGCUGGAUUGUCAUCAGCCACAUAAUCAUGUCUGCUGUAGAUCUUUGGGGGACAAGGGAGAGACGUGAGGCAAUAAAAUUACUGCAUACAGUGAAAGGUAGGUAGAUGUACUGUACCCUUAAGGACUUGUUAGGCUUCAAAUAUAUCUUCUAAUGGAAGAGUUCAGACAGUUGUAACAUCCU